AUCAAGUCUGCAGCUGAUAUGUAAUGAAUAAAUACCUGUUCAAUCGUUUUACAUCAGUUUUCUAGCUUCCGAGAGCACUUAAAAACGUAAUUUAUUACUUGAUUAGGAGUAAAAAACUUUCUUAUAAAUAUGCUGUUGGUUUUACUCUGCAUUACGGUCUUCGUAUCAAACGUGAUAUCGAUUUGUGAAGAGGGUAAAAACUGUACGAUGUCAAGUGGGCAAGUAGGGACGUGCUUUGUUGGUGUAUGCCUUACACGUAUCGACGAGGAAAUAAGAGAGAACCAAGAAUUUAUCAUUACUGCUAAAUAUCCAGAACACGAAUUUCACGAUCCUAAUAACACAGUCAUGUUUAUCCGCGGUAACGGUCUGUGCCUACAAUGGCACAAGGGCAUACAACUCUUAAAGACCGGCAAGGAUACAUGGGAGAUAACUAUCACGUACAAAUCAUCUAUUAAUGGAUUCCAGUGUCAAAACUGCACGUCGAAACAUGUUGAUUAUCUUCCUGGCAACAAACUCCAAUACCGUUUGUUUAUUGAUGACAAGAAGAAUAUGCUUGGUGCAAAUUUCGCUAUUUCAUUUCCAAUUUCUCAGACAUCUUCUUAUUUUGAAAUAAAGCCCAAAUUUGUUGUAUACCCUAGGUUUAAAGAAAUUAUUGGGACACUUCAAACUUUUGAAUUAGAAUCUAAUUACAUCGGCAAUACAAGAACUUUAGCUUUAUAUACCCCUCCAGGUUUCACAGAAAACCCGUUGAAGACCUACCCGACUUUGAUUGUUUUCGAUUUGAGUUUUGAGUAUGCUAAGGUUUUAAAACAAAACUUUGAAAAACCAAUUUUACGUUCAAUGUCUGAGGAGUAUAUUUUCAUCGGAUUUGGUGACUAUAAAUAUCCAGGAGAAAGGGGCCAUUUACUAUCUACAGUACAAGGUCCAUUUAACUACUGUUUAAAUGGUACCUUAGACGAUUUCUGUAAUGGAUGUAUACCUGGGAAUGCUAGUGUUACUAAAGUUUUUCAAUAUCUUUUUGAUACCUGCGGGCAACUGGUUAUACUUCGAGGAGACGGUGAUGCAACGCUAGAUUUCUUAGCACUAGAAGUACUUCCGAAAGCUGAGACAAUAUUGGGAAAUAGAAUAGACAGGAACAGAUUAGGUGUUAUGGGUUAUGCGCUCGGAGGACUGAUGUCUUGCUAUGCUGCGUGGACACGUCUAGAAGUAUUUUCAUUCGCAGCUUGUCAGUCACCCUCUUUCUGGUGGCCGUUAAACAACAAUAGCUUUCUAGAACCUUUGUUCCAUUUUAUCAACCAAACAUUAAAAAACGAUUCGCUUCAAGCCAGUCGCACGGAUCAGAAAUAUUAUAUUGACGCCGGUGGAGCUGAGAACUUUGCCCCAUUUAACCUUACACAAGCUGCCGUUGAAGUGGCGCAAUAUAUUUCUAAUUUAGAACAUUUCAAGUUAGAUACAAAUGUCUGGAUAGCUGUGGAUCCGUUUAAACCCCACAACUAUAUAGAAUGGGUGAAGCGUAUUGGGCAGGCACUCACAACAUUACUACCGGCUAGUGGAGAGGCAAGCAUGCCUUUCCCUGGUAAAGAAAAUCGAAAACAAAAGUGCAAGAGUAAAAGCCACAUGCAACGAACGCAGCCGCAGAACUACAUAUGAAAACAGGGGUGUAUGUAAAUGUAUAUGACGAAGGAUUUAAUUUUGUUUUUAUUUGUUUAUGUAAAUUGUGGGAUCUUCUUUUGGUGCCAUUCCAAUUCAGCUAUGUAGCUAUCGACUGAAACAAUGAUUGUAAUUGAAUCUAACAUAAUCUGUUAUUUAGAUUUCAUGUCGAUGUAAAUUAAUAUACCAAGACUUAAAUACAAAAUGUAUAUUUA